AUGCCAGCACGGCGGUUCCUCCUGCUCUUCCUCACGCUUUCCCUAUCAUCGCCACUCGUCCGCUCCCACUACAACCCCUCGGACGCCUCCGCCGCCCAAUCCGACUGGAAGCCCGCCCGCGCGACCUUCUACGCCGCCGCAGACCCCAUCGACGCCGUCGGCGGCGCGUGCGGGUACGGAGACCUUGAGAAGGGCGGCUACGGCAAGGCCACCGCGGCCCUGAGCACCGUCCUGUUCGACAGGGGCCAGAUCUGCGGCGCCUGCUUCCAGAUCCGCUGCGUGGAGGACCUCCGGUGGUGCAUCCCCGGCACUUCCAUCAUCGUCACCGCCACAAACUUCUGCGCGCCCAACUACGGCCUCGACGCGGCCGCCGGCGGCCGGUGCAACCCGCCGAACGCGCACUUCGUCCUCCCGAUCGAGGCGUUCGAGAAGAUCGCGAUCUGGAAGGCCUCGAACAUGCCCGUCCAGUACCGGCGGAUCGGGUGCCGGAAGGAGGGGGGCGUUCGGUUCACGAUCGGCGGCGCCGGGAUAUUCCUGUCGGUGCUGAUAAGCAACGUCGCCGGCGCCGGAGACGUGACGGCGGUGAAAGUGAAGGGCUCGCGGACGGGGUGGCUGCCGAUGGGGAGGAACUGGGGCCAAAAUUGGCUCAUCAAUGCGGAUCUGAAAAACCAGCCGCUCUCGUUCGAGAUUACGAGCGGCGAUGGGGUUACGCUCACGUCCUACAACGUCGCCCCACAAAAUUGGGAAUUCGGGCAGUCGUUUGAAGGUAAGCAAUUCGAAUCGUAG